GUGAAUGGGCUUAACUUUUCAUUCAAUAAAUACUGAGCAGAAACGUAUGCCCCUCCCUCGUCGUAUGUGUGUCCUUUGAAAAGUGGGCAGAGUGCACGUAGAAUGCAUUAAAGAUAAAAGCCGCUGCAGCUCGGGAAACUUCAAACUGGAAAAUAUGAUACAAAAGGCAACAGUGGAUGGCGAAGUAGAUGGGUGCCAGGGCAAACAAAACUUUCCGUGGGAGCCGCAGGACCUCCAGGACUUCCAGGACCAACACCAGAUGCAGCAGCAGAAGCAGAAACAGAACGAGAACCAGAACCCUGCCGUGCAACUGGCAGCUGGUGCUUUGUGCUGCCGGCGGGACACCUUGUAUGUAUACAAAAGACGCCAGACAUAUUUUCUUUCAACGAGAAUAAACUUUGCUUUUCAAAUAUAUAUUUUCAAACUUUCAAACCAUGGUGAAGCCAAAGCCAGAAAGGGGCGCAUUAAGUCCAAGUUUACGAAAACUUAAUUCUAUUUUUAAAGCACCAACAAAUACACAACACACGCUCACACCCGCACACACACACCUUCGCAGGACAUGGAAAGGCGAAGAAAGGCAAGGCAAGGCAAGGCAGUUGCAGUUCCGUUUCCGCCCGUUGUUGCAUGCAGGCACUAAGUUAUCGUCUUUAUUGUUUGUCACAUACAUGACCUCACAAUUGUGUUCCUGUUCCUUGGCUGCUCUGCCUUAGCCGCUAUACCCAUUCCCAUUGCCGUUCCCAUUGGCAUUGCCGCCUUUUGCGCUGAAUGGCGAUGCGAGCGGAAACGGAAAUGGCAUAAGUUGUUGUCGCCUACUAGUUCACACGUAAGUCCGUUCAUUCAACAAUAAAACGACGCUGCUGCAGCGCUAAAGACGCUACAAAAGCAGGGGAAAUGCCGUGGACCUGGCCACUGAGCUGGCGAGGGCCAACAAUGAAAUCCCAUAAAAGAAAAUCAAGGCGGUGGCUUUUCCGGGAAUUCAGAGAUGGCAAUGUGAUAUACUGAGUGCCGGCGCUCAAACGGAGAAGCCUUUCAGUUUUCCUUGUAGUUGAGGCACUUCUUUUCGCUCUCGGGUUUGUUUAGGAUGUCCUUCAAGGAACCAUAUAAUUUUGAUCAAAGAGAGGUUUUGAUAGUGGUUUUCUUAUACUUUAAAUGAAUUGUUCGACAAAAAAUGUAGUAAAAUGUGACUAGAACUCAGUGGCUGGGGUAUAAUGGGCCUUAUGGGCUGAUGUUUUCUUUUCCUCAAGAUUUAUCAUAAUAACCUUUAUCAAUUAAAAUUAAAUUAUUG